UUGGGUCCUAAGAGUCCGCGUGCAGCGCUACGUUUCCAUGAUGCACACUGUUAUUUUGGUCCGUGUCUUGUUAUGGAAUCCAAAUCGGAGUUUUUGAGUGUUGUUUUUGUCCCCUUUUUUUGUUUUGGCUUAGUUUUUAGGGUUAUUUAAAAUACCAUGAUGCCGGGGGAGAGCCAAUCCGGAACCGGAGGAAUCGCAUCAGAAGCUACUUCUGGCACUUGUCAAAACUGCACUGUUUUAAAUCAGAGCCUGGAUGAGUACGUGGCUGCUUUACUGACGCUCAAACAGAAGAUCAUAGACACGGACCUUCUGUUGAGCGAGUAUAAAGAGAAGUGUGAUGAGCUUCAGAAAUCUCAAAGAGAGCGCACUAAGCUGCACAAAGAGCUGGACGAGGUGCUGCUGAAACUCGGUCCGUUAGAAAAGCAGACGGUGGAGUACGAGGCAGUCAAGGCUGAGCUGAAGGAAACCACGGCUGCCUUGAAGGUGUAUCGGGCGAAAUCCGAGGAAGUGGAUGGUUUGAGAGAAGAGAACGCUAAGGCACUCGCUAUGAAUGCAAAGCUUGAAGAAACUCUCAAGAAGGCUGAAGAUGCAGCAAACACACAGAGUCGAGAAAAUACUACGCUGAGAUCUGAGAAGAAAAUGCUAGAAAGCGACCUGCAGAAGACUCGGGAGAGUCUCCGGCUUAGUCGAGAGGCUUUUGAAGAGUUGGAGGAUCUGAAGGUGGAGAACGCUAAGGCACUCAUUGUAAAAAGCAAUCUUGAAAAUCAACUUCUGGCACUUGAAGACACGAACCUCAAGCAAAAUCAUACAAUCCGAGACCUGAAGAGCAAAAACAGUAACCUUGAAAAAAGCAUCAGAUUAAUAGAGGAAAAACUUGCAACGCUCGAAAAAGAGUUCAACAAAGAGAAAAGGUGUUCAUCUACACAAACUGAGAAUGAGCCAAAAGUUGACAAAGAUAAAAUCUGGACCCUCCUACAGGAAGUCUGGCACUGCGUGGACCCUCUGUCCAAAACACCGGGAAAUUUAGCUUUAAACGACAAUCAGCACUUAACAUUCAGACCUUCAAGAUGUCCUCCUCGUCCGGUGCCGCUCAGUCCCUUUAGAAAGCCGAUGCUGACUCGGUCAACUGUCUCAACUCCGAACGGAGCUAAGGCGUCUCCAGAAAAGAGUCAAUCUGAAUCUUUAUUAGUAGGAGCAAGCAGUCCAUGGAAAGACCAGACGAAAAGGAAAGCGGGCAGGAAGAAGAAAAGAAGCCCGGAUUCCGAAGAUCUAGAUGAAGACUGUGCGAAGACAACCAGUGAUUUAUCACUCAGUAAAGAUGGUCCUGUUGAUCACUUAUCAGAGGAGGAAGCUUCAGUAAAAACCCUUGAUAUAUGGGAAAUUCUCAGCUGGUCUUCUGCUUUACCUGCACCUUUAUCUCCACUGCCUCCUGAUGAGUUGGCUGAGAUGGACGUGGAUUCGAGUCUGAAAGAGUGUCCGAUUUCCAAAGUUGACGACGGCCAAAAAUCACAGUCCGAAGAGCCAAAACCAUUAGAGGAUAGUGUAGCAGUUUCAUCUGCUUGUUUAUCUCCGGGAAACCAAUCGAAAGUGCUGGCAUCAGUCGCUCCUGAUAGCGAUGAACAGAUCCUGCAGAAUAUUUCAGCAGAGAGCCAGGAAAUGCAAGUAGAAAAGAUGAAAGAAAAUCCCGAAGAUUCACCUUGUACAGCAGUAAGAAGUUUACAGAGUGAAUCCGAUGGGGAGCGUGUUGGCGUAAACCGAGCCACGUUAAUCACGGCGGAAUCACAGCUGAGCGCCGAGGAAGAAUGUACGAGUCAGAUCAACGUUAAAGCACAGUGUAAUGCUGGCCACGAAGAACCUAAUGCAGAUUAUAACGAUGCCUUCGGUCAAGGUUCGGAGCCUGUGCAGCAGGUUAUAAUACCCGAGGCGUGCCCAGAUGAAGAAGAUAAGUCCGUCCAGCGUCGGUCUGAAGUUAAAGCAAAUGGGGCUGCAUAUUCUUUACAGGUUUGUGUAACUCCACAAACAUGUUCUAUGACCGAGCCUGAACGAACCGUAGAGGAAAUCCCGAGUGUCUCGACACCCGUGGUCACAACCACAGAUUUAAAGAUGGCUGAAGAUCAAAAUGGCUAUGAUGGACAAGACAGUGAAUCCUCCUGUACCAGGAUGAAUGGUGCGUCUUCUGGAGAUUCCUCAGAUGAAGAGUUCUUGGGUCUGAAGAGAAAAGUCAGAGGGAUUUGCUUGAGACCAGGGGAUAUGGGCAGCAUUACUUCAAACGAACGGCUAUCAAAUGAAAAGCAAGAAUCUGGAGAUCAGGUUCAGGGAACAAACUGUGGAACCAAAGAAGAGCAUCUUCAACCGGAGAACGUGAAAGAUGACGAAUGUUUAAAAGACGGCAGCGUUACGAUGAAGAUGUGCAAACCUGGAAUUCUUGAAGACGUCGCAGGGGUAGAGGUUACACAAGAGACAGGACUAGCAAAGAAGGGUAAACAUGAACCAGAGAGCUAUCCCAACAACUCUUUACCAAUUUCUGAUGCACACGAUCAAGAGGAGGAAUGUGUACUAUCUGGAUCAUUUAGCCCCAACGUUGAAAACAUGGAUGGUGCCAAACCAAAAGUCCCAAGUGUGAAAUCUCAAGAUAUUUGUAGUGCAUCUUCAGUAAAUACACCUACACUGUCUAGUUUAGAUAAAAGUGUGGAUCUACCUUUCGCAGACGAGGCCUCCAGAAACGCACUUACCUCAGCUCAGUCUCCAGAAUCAAUUGGAAAGGUUCUUACAGAGAUGGGUCCUCCACUACCUCCGGUUGUUUUACCAUUGACUGCAACUCCUCCAAAAUUUAGGAAACACCUUACUCCAAAUAGGCCCAGCAUCCAGUUGCCUACCUGGUCAUCAACAGAAGGGCAAUUUUCUCUCAACCAGCAGCCCAAUGUACCUUCUCCAGAUCCUGGCCUUCAAGAUGAAGUAAAGACAUCUAUGACUUUUCCUUCACCAACACGUGGCGUUCCUUCUUCCCCUUUGCAGUUUGGAUCAGCAACUCCCAAGCAUGCACUCCCCGUCCCAGGAAGGCUGCCCUCAUCAGCGUUAAACUCCUCAUCACCCUCUGCCUCACAAGAGAACUCCAUGCAGAUGCUGGAUACCAUGUAUCCAGAGCUUUCUGCCCAAGCAAGGACUCUAAACAUCCUACGGGGUAACGUUAACCUCGGAAGGGCCGCGAAUGAGAGUGGGGCCUCUCCACCUUCCGUCAAUCCCAUCUCGGGGAAUAAAACGAUCAACUCCUCAUCCACAGCUUUCACCAAGACGGACCAAAAGGCAAAAAGAACUGCAAAUAUGUUACUACCCAAAAGCGCCAAAAAGCUUCGACUCGAUACCUGUUCACCCGAUGCUUCAAGUCUUACCCCUCCAGUGCAACACGUUAGUGAUCAGCCAAGUAAUGGCGUAGCAUCGCCAACACACUAUCCAACGAAUAGUCCGCCAAGCAACAACCAAACGGCGAGCAAAGAAGGCAAAACCGUGGACGAUUUCAAUGAUGCGCAGUCCCUCAUCUUCAGUGCAUUCGAAAAACUUCAAAAUUCCUGUUUCGAUGUGUUGCCUGUAAUCAGGAGUCAUGUGUUUCUUGGACGGAUAUCUGAAGUUCCUGUCCUAAGAGAUGAAGAAAAAUGUGUCAUUUCGGAUUUUUGUUCAAAGCAGUCCUCAGCGGAGAAGUUUAUGUUGGCCGUUUUGUCCAAGAUCAAGGCAGAAAGAGCCGUUUUGAAACACGAACUCCUGCAGUCUCACUGUAGGGUUUAUGUAGGUUUGUGUCGAUGGAGCGGAGACUAUCAGAAAGCACACGCCCUUGCCUACAGUCUUCUAAAAGAAGACUUCCCUGAAGCCCCAAAGCUGAUUUUAUUCAUGGUGACAACAUGGCCAACUGUUCUAUCCCACGACAGCCCUUUGUGUCGUGCCAUUAACAUAGUGAGCAGACUGAAAGCAGAGGGAGAGAUCUUAGACUACCUCAGCAAGUAUCUACACUGGGACGAGAGGCCCCCAGGUGACAUCCAGGAAGCGAUCAGCACCGUACUAAAGGCUCUUCUGAAGGACGGCACGUUGACGUUCCAGAAGCACGAUCGUUAUGGUGAUGACCUCUGCAACGCUGCUUGGGAAUACAUUUUCAGCUUGGAGCUCCUGUGUGCACAUCAGGGCUGGAAGUGGACCCAUGAUAAUAUUAUAGGAAAAGAGCUUUGGCCGGUCAUGAAUGCCUGGGUGACGCAACCAAGAUCUCAGCAAACACCAGUCCGAGACAUUUGUGUAGCAGCAGUUUUGAGGCUGAUCGGACGACUUGGCCAACUAGGCCUUAAGGAGAAACUUUGCAUGUCUGUCCAAAAUGUUGCAAAAGCCAUAAACCUGUUUGGGAAACAUGGAAUAUCGGAAGGUGUGCCGUGGGAGGUGCAGCUUUCGGCGGCCUACACCAUUUAUGAUCUGGCGCCCAGUAACCCCAAAGAAGCACUGGAGGCUUUGGCAUCAUGGCGAGGAGAAAUCACUCAGCCAGUUCCCCCAGCCAUCACCAGCUGCAUUACGCAGAUCGGCUCCAUCUGUCGUCAGAUAUAACCAUAAAAUCUAAAUCUGUACAGCAUUACCUGUCUUUUUAGUUGCACAGUUUUUACUUUUGUCUCUAUCCAUGUGGAAAAUCUGCUCGCUGGUGAUUUUCAUGUCUCAGAUCGUUAAUGGUGCUCAGUGUGCAUUUGUAAAUUCUUGUACAUUUUGUAUAUAGAUCAAUUGUUAAAUUUAACAUUAAAACUUAGUUUGUCUACAUAAGGAAAGAAAGAAAAUUGUCUUUGACUAU